UGAUACAAAAUUUCUCUUCAACUCGAGUCUAGCGGUCUACUCUCUCUCCCUCUCCCUCUCCCUCUCCCUCUCCCUGUCUCCGAAAUCCAUGGAAACAAAACUCAUCUCCAGUGCAUUCCGAUCCGCAAGCCUCCCGGAAAGUUAUGUCCGUCCAGAAUCCGAAAGACCAAAUCUAUCCCAAGUUGACGACUGGGAAAACGUUCCGUUAGUUGACUUGGGCUGUGGAGAUAAAAAUCUAUUACUCCAACAAAUAGUCCAUGCUAGGCGUGAAUAUGGCGUUUUCCAGAUGGAAGUAGCAGCGAGAAUGUUAGUGGUUGAUCCUGAAUUCUUUGGGUUACCAGUUGAAGAGAUGCUGAAGUACUAUUCUGAUGACCCUUCAAAGACCAUGAGGCUGCAUACCAAUUUUAAUGUGAAAAAGGAAACUAUUCACAACUGGGAAGACUAUCUCAGGCUUCGUUGUCUAAAAGAGAUUAUGAAGAAUAUGGUCGAAGAAUCUGUAGCUGCAGACGGACAUAAACAUAAAGAUAUCUGGGGGAAGAAACUCAAGGGCCCUGCAUUAAACUUCGAUGCUGGGGCUAGCUCUAGCUCUAAUUGUGGAUCAGGUACAAAUCAAACUCCCAGUGAUGACAUGAUUCGCAUCAUUAUUGAUGAACCUAGCGCGCUUGAUCUAUUUGAUCAGAUGCUAAAAAAAAUUAAAAAAGAUGAGCAUAUGAAACUUCUGUCAGAGGGAGCAAUUGAUUGUCUUGCCAAGUUAAAUGAUGUGGUGAUCGGAACCGCUAGUACUGUUACCAUUGGUCUUGUUGGUUUUGCCAAUACUGGCUCAUCUUUUUCACCAACCUUGUCUUUUCUUGGGGUGGCUAAUGCAACUGCUUUCGUUUGUGCCUUCACCGCCAUUACACUGCGUCUUAAAAAGCCAAUGGCUUCACGCAUCAUGACCAAAAUUGGAGGCAUAGCGUCAUCAUCUUCAAUUGUUGGGGCUGUGGGAAUUUACCUUCCUGAUAACAUUGCUUGGGCAAGCUGGGUUGCAGCUAUCAUCCCUGCAGUUGCUGUGGCGCUGUUCUAAUCAUUCACUUCGUCAUGGGUGUCACUUUUGUACACGAGUUAAGUUAAUUGCUUUGCUUUUUUAUUUCAGUUGUUUGUAUUUCGUUCUGUAAGAACGAUUAGAAAUAAAGUGUUAAUGUCCAUGAAUCAGAGAUUGUGGACAUCCCAUUACAGCCAAACAUGAAACAGGUAUCCGCAUAUUAUCCGAAAAAUAACAAUUCCAUUGAUGUGUAGCAACGAUAUACAAAAUAAGGAGCUAUUCCCCUUAAAACAUGCACAG